GCGCCGGCUAUAAAUGCCUCGAACCCUCGCGCUCCAUCCGUCCGCCGCUCCCUCGCUCGAGACCUAGGGUUUCGAGCCUUCUCGCCGGAUAUUUUGCUAGAGGGGGGAGAGAUUUGAAGAGGCGCCAUCAUGUUGGUCUACCAGGAUCUGCUCACCGGUGACGAGCUCCUCUCGGACUCGUUCCCGUACAAGGAGAUCGAGAACGGCGUUCUCUGGGAGGUCGAGGGCAAGUGGGUCGUCAAAGGAUCCGUCGAUGUGGACAUUGGUGCCAACCCAUCUGCUGAGGGUGGUGAAGAUGAGGGUGUUGAUGAUACGUCUGUGAAGGUUGUUGACAUUGUUGACACCUUCCGUCUUCAGGAGCAACCUGCUUUUGACAAGAAGCAGUUUGUCACCUUCAUGAAGCGCUACAUCAAGAACCUUACUGCCAAGCUGGAUGCGGAGCAGGCAGAGGUUUUCAAGAAGAACAUCGAGUCUGCCACCAAGUUACUUCUCGGCAAGCUCAAGGACCUUCAGUUCUUUGUUGGCGAGAGCAUGCAUGAUGAUGGAAGCUUGGUGUUCGCCUACUACAAGGAUGGAGCCACCGACCCGACCUUCCUGUACUUCGCUCAUGGGCUGAAGGAGAUCAAGUGCUAGGCGUGUGGCUCAUCCCCAUGCCGGGUGUUACCUAUGUAGUCCCUAUUUUUGUUCUAGCCACUGUGGGUGUCUGUUUGACACAAGUUGGUUACUAUCUGUUUACUGUUCUGGAUGUUGAGAGGAGUCCUUUAAAAACUAUCGGAUGAUUGGAUCACAUGCCCCUGAACCGUGGUAUUUGCUUUGUAAUGGCCAAAGAUAGAUGAAUCGUGAAAUUGUUGUCGUA